GGGGAAGAAAGAAAAAAUAAGUCUGGUCAGCCGCCCACUGCAGGGACUGGGGGAUGUUCCACCAUCCUGGAUUUACCGCCAUUUUACGGAUUUUUCAGCACAAACAACAGAUUUUUGGUGGGAUUGUAACAUCCGGAAGCGGAAAAAACAUAGUGACCGUUAAUUCAAGAUAAGACCACGUGAUUUACCUGCGCGGCUCAAGAAGACGCAAAGGAACAAUACAGAUGGAUCCAAACCUGUUUGGUGGUGUUCCCCGGUUUCUGACCAGGCCCAAAGCUUUCUCCGUGUGCACUGGGAAAGACGCCACGCUCAGCUGCACCAUAGUGGGCAGUCCCACUCCCCUGGUCACCUGGGAGAAGGACAAGCUCUGCCUCAAGUCUGGAGGUCGCUUCAAAACUGUGGAGGAUGGAGAUGUGUACCGCCUGACCAUCUACGAGCUCACACUGGAGGACAGCGGUCAGUACAUGUGCCGGGCGAAGAACACGGUGGGAGAAGCAUACGCAGCGGUCACUCUCAAAGUGGCUCUACCUGCGGAGAUGGCACAGAGAGCUCCAGCAUUCUUGGAGAAGCCCAUGUCUGCUCGAGUGUGUUUGGGGGGCGAUGUCCUCUUCCACUGCAGGGUCGUCGCUCAUCCAGAGGCCAACUUCGACUGGGAAAAAGAUGGCCGUUACCUGGGUGAAAGCAGCCGCGUCAAGAUCAUUAACGAGAACGACGGCAGCACGCUAAAGAUCCAAAGCGUGCGUAACUUAGACAGUGGCACGUACACCUGCAGAGCCCAGAACACGGCAGGACGGGCCCACGCCUCCGCAGCUCUCAUGGUCGACUCCCAAGACCCCCGGCAGCUCACCCUGGACAAGUCCUCCACCUCACUCCUGUCGCAUCUUCAGAAACGCAAAGAAGAAAUGAAAAAGGACAUUGCUGUGUACUGCACCGAAGAGAAGUCCUCCACCUCCAUCACUGACAGUCUAGAGCUGCAGCUGAGGGCAUCCAUGUUGGCCAAGCUACCCAAGGGCGUGUUCACCCGCACCUGCACCGUCACUGAAGGCAAACACGCCAAACUCAGCUGCUUCGUCACUGGCCACCCCAAGCCUCACAUCAUCUGGAGGAAGGACGGCAGUAACAUCAGUGAAGGACGCAGACACGUCAUUUAUGAAGACCAGGCGGAGAACUUCAUCCUGAAGAUCCUCUACUGCAAACAGACAGACAACGGCCUCUACACCUGCAAUGCCACCAACAUGGCCGGCCAGACCUACAGCGCUGUGCUAGUCACUGUCAAAGAGCCGAAGGUUCCAUUCAGGAGGAAGCUGCAUGAUGUGGAGGUCCAGGAGAAGUCUUCAGCCACCAUGUUGUGUGAGGUCCCUCUGAGCAUCACCAACACCAGCUGGUUCAUGGAGGAGACCAAGCUGGAGCAGAACACCAAGUACCGCAUGGAGCAGGACGGCACCCUAAGGCGUCUGACCAUUCACAACGUGACCACCAACGAUGACGGUGUCUACAUCUGUGAGACGCAGGAGGGCAGCCGCACGGUGGCUGAGCUCACGGUGUUGGGAAACAUCACUAAGAAGCUCCCCCGUAGGACAGUGGUGCCGGUCAGUGAUACGGUCAUCUUCUGUGUGGAGCUGGAGCAGCCCUGUCCAGACGCCUACUGGACCCGCAACGGAGACAAGCUCAAAGAGGACACUCGCAUCUCCAUCGCCUGUGUCCUGUGCCAGUACACCCUGACUAUCCGGGACUGCCAGGCCCAAGACUCUGGAGAGGUUGCCUUUGUGGCUGGAGACUGCAAGACGUCCACACGGUUCACUGUCACCGCUGCCAGAAAACACCCCCCUGACCCCCCAGUUAACGCUGUGGUGCAGAACAAGACCGAGUCAUCCAUCACUUUCCAGUGGUCCCCCCCGGACAGCGACCGGCCUGUGCCCAUCAAAGGUUACAUCAUAGAGAAGAGAAAGAUCGGCGUGCAGCAGUGGCAGCGCUGUAACCCGGGAGAGCUGGUAAACAUCACCGAGUUCACAAUCUCCAACUUCACCGAGGAGGCCACAUACCAGUUCAGGAUCUCUGCUGUCAACGACUUUGGCCAGAGUCCCUACAUGGAGGUGCCUGGGAGCUUUUACCUCGAGCCGAGAGCAGACCUGCAGAGGGGCCUAUCCGACAGUGUGGCGUUGGCCGGGGAGGAGUUCUCCGUCUCUGUGGAGCUGUCGGCUGUCUGUUCGGGCUUCUGGUCUCUGGGAGGUCGUUUGUUACGCAGCGGAGGAGACUAUCUCAUCACAAGAACCAAAAACGUGCACACACUUCUCAUCCGCACCAUCACCAUGGAGAUGAACGGGCUCGAGGUCAAGUUUGUGGGUGGCGGCUCUCAGACCACAUGCACCUUGAGUGUGAAGGCUCCUCCUGUCAGGUUCACCAACAAGUCAGCCCAACAGCAGAUGGUCACAUGCAGCGUCCAGGACACAGCUGAGCUGACCGCUGAAGUGUCCGACUAUGAUGCUCAGGUUGUCUGGAUGAGGAAUGGGCGCGAGAUUAAAAUGGGAAAGAAAUACGAAAGUGUGAUCAUCGACCGCAGAAGGAUCCUGAUGGUCCACAACGUGACGGAGGAGGACGUGGGAGUGUACGAGUGUGCUUUAGCAGAGGACAGAGUGUCGCUGCAGCUCGCACUCAAAGAUGAACCGGCCAAGUUCCUGAACAAGGCCAGAGGUCCGAUGGGGAUGGCCUCCUCCCUCAAAGGAGACCUGGAGCUGAAAUGUGAGGUAUCUCCAGCCAGCGCGGCGGUGGUAUGGAAGAAAGAUCAGGUGGAGAUCUCUGAGGACCAAAGAACCACCUUUGUCUCCAAUGGCACCCAAAGGAAACUAGUGAUCAAGGGUGCCAAGAAGAGCGAUGAAGGGCACUACUCGUGUGAGACGGUCACAGACAAAGUCACAUUCCAGGUCAAAAUCAAAGAAACUCAACCUGCCUUCUCCAGCAAGCAGUCCGUGCAGAGAGACAUUAAAGCGGUCCUGUCCCAGAAGGCCAUUCUCAGCUGUGACGUGUCAGACAGUAAGACGGAGGUGAAGUGGUACAAGGAUGGAAAACAGAUCAUCUCCAGCCGCUCGGUCUACACGGAGGUCAAAGGCUCCACCCGAGUGCUGGUGAUCGAGAAGGUGGAGAGGAGCGACGCUGGAGAGUACACGUGUGAAGCUGCAGGCGAGAAACUAGUGUUCAAGAUCACAGUCACAGAGCAACAGCCGUCUUUCUCAAACAAAGAGUCUGUCCAGAGGGAGGUGAAGGCCACUCUCUCCCAGAAGGCUGUUCUUAGCUGUGAGGUGUCUGAGACCAACACUGAGGUCAGGUGGUACAAAGACGGUAAACUGGUCACCUCCUCCAAGAGUGUCCACACCGAGGCCAAGGGCAGGAGUCGGCAGCUUGUGAUUGACAGCGCAGAGAAAAGCCACAGCGGAGAAUAUAUCUGUGAAGCUGGGACAGAGAAGCUGGUCUUCAAAUUACAUGUGGCAGAUGCCAAAGUCCAGUCCGCCUUCUCCAACAAAGAGUCCGUCCAGAGAGAAGUGAAGGUUGUGUUGUCCCAGGCUGCCGUUCUGAGUUGUGACGUGUCUAACUCCAAAACAGAAGUGAAGUGGUACAAAGAUGGAAAACUCCUGAGCUCCUCCAAAGCAGUACACACAGAAUCCAAGGGAAUGACGCGCCAGCUGGUCAUUGACAAAGUGGAGAAGAAAGACACAGGAGAGUAUAUCUGUGAAGUUGGGUCUGAGAAGUUGGCCUUCAGAAUCCACGUUGAAGAAGCUAAAUCCUGUUUCCUGCACAAAGAAUCCAUCAAGAGGGAGGUAAAAACCAGCAUCUCCCAGAAAGCCACAUUGACGUGUGAUGUGGCCGACAGCAAGACAGAGGUGAAAUGGUACAAGGACGGAAAACUGCUGAGCUCCGGCCGCACCGUCCACCUAGAGUCCAAAGAGAAGACCAGACGCCUCGUGAUUGAUAGCGUGGAGAAGAAAGAUGCUGGAGAAUACAUCUGCGAGGCCGGAAAUGAAAAAAUAUCUUUCAAAAUACAAGUUACAGAGCUGGAGCAAAAAUCUCUUCAGAAAUCAGAACAGAAAUUGGAACAAAAAGCAGAACAGAAAUCAGAACAGAAAUUGGAACAAAAAGCAGAACAGAAAUCAGAACAGAAAUUGGAACAAAAGUCUGAGCAAAUAUCUAUCAAAAAAUCUGAACAGAAAUUGGAAGAAAAAUCAGAACUAAAAUCCAAACAAAAAAUAGAGCAAAAAUCUGUAUUCUCCAACAAGGAAAGUGUCCAGAAGGAGGUUAAAGCCACGCUCUCACAGAAAACGACUCUGAGCUGUGAAUUGGCAGAUGGUAAGAUGGAGGUGAAAUGGUAUAAGGACGGCAAAGUGCUGACCUCCAGCAGAACUGUACACUGUGAGUCCAGAGGCACGAGCCGGCUGCUUAUCAUCGAGAACGUGGAGAGGAAAGAUGCAGGAGAGUACACGUGUGAGGCGGGAACUGAGAGGCUCACAUUCAAGAUUCAAGUGGCAGAAGCUGCGGCUGGUUUCACAAACAAAGACACGGUGCAGAAGGACGUUAGAGCGUCUCUGUCUCAAAAGGCCACUUUGAGCUGUGAAGUGUCUGAUACUAAAGCUGAAGUCAAAUGGUACAAGGACGGAAAACCGCUCACCUCCAGCAAAGCAGUGCACAUGGAGACGAAAGGCAAGAGACGCGAGUUGGUCAUCGAGAAGAUGGACAAGAAGGACGCCGGAGAGUACACCUGUGAGGCGGGGUCCGAGAAACUCACCUUCAAACUGCAGGUGCAAGAAGCAGCAGUGAAGUUCCAGAAAAAGUCAGUUAAAGAUACCUCUGUUCAAACCAAAGAAGACAUUGUACUGACCGCAGAGCUCACCACAGAAGGAGGCACAGUCAAAUGGUUCAAAGAUGGAGUGGAGCUGAAUGAGAGCGCUCAGUUUCAGACGAGGAAAGAAGGACUUACACGAACCCUCAUUGUCAAAGCCAGUGAAGCCAAAGACAGCGGCACCUACACCUGCCAAACCACGGAUGACAAGCUGGAGUUUGAAGUGCAAGUUAAAGAGCCUAAACAAGUGAGGUUUACCACCAAGCUGAAUAACGUGGCAGCAAUGGAAGGCAAAGACGCCAUCUUUAAGUGCGCCAUCAGCCCUGCAGAUGCUGAUGUGAAGUGGUUCCACUGUGGCGUCCCUGUGACUGUUGGACCAAAGUAUCAGACUGAACAUGGAGGCUCCAGUUUCUCUCUGACCAUCACGUCUGUGACCCUGAAGGACGCAGGAGAGGUCAUCGUCGACGCAGAGGGAAAAACAUGCAAGGCCACGCUACAAGUCCAACAUGAACCAGUGACUUUUAAGAAGAAGCUAGAAAACCUGACUGUGGAGGAGCAGAGCGACGCCAAGAUGGAGGCAGAGCUGAGCAAAGCCUCAGACGACGUGCGGUGGAUGAAGAAUAGUGUGGUGAUCCAGCCAUCUGUAAACGUUCAAAUACAAGUGAACGGAGCCAAACAGACCCUGGUCAUCAAGAACGUCACCACUGCUGACCGCGGCUUGUACUCCUGUGAGACGCUGGAUGAUAAGACCCAAGCCAAACUCACUGUUGAGAUGAAGAAAAUCCAGUUGGUGAAGGGCUUAAAAGAAACAAAAGCGUGCGAGACGGAGACUGUUACUCUGGAGGUUGAGCUGAGCCAGGCCGAUGUGGAGGGAACCUGGACUAAAGAUGGGUCAAAGCUCAGGUCUGGGUCCCGCUGUAGCAUCACAGUCCUGGGGAAGAAACAUGUGCUCACUCUGUCCAGCCUGAAGAAGGAGGACGCUGGGACGGUCUCCUUCCAAGCCGAGGGUGUCCACACGUCGGCCAAGCUUAUGAUCACAGAACCACCCAUUAUGAUCUGUAAGCCCAUCAUGGAUGUUAGUGCCGCUGAAAAGGAGAAAGUUACUUUUGAAUGUGAAGUGUCCAGAACAACUGCAGAUAUUAAAUGGUUUAGGGAUGACAAGGAACUCAAAUCCGGAAAGGAUGUCUCCAUCCAUUCCCUGGGCAAAAAGCACUCUUUGGUCAUUAAUAAAUGCAGUUUUGAACACGCUGGGACCUACAUCUGCCGCACUCCUGACGACAACACUUCUGCCAAGCUCCAAGUUCAUGCCAGAGAAAUAAAGAUAGUGAAGAGGCUCGAGGAUGUGGAGGUGAUGGAGAAAGAGAGCGCUACGUUUGUUUGUGAAGUCUCCCAUGACGAGGUGGACUGCCAGUGGUACAAAGGAAGCAACCGAAUCAAAGCCAGCGACAAUAUCAAAAUGAGGCAAGAGGGCAAGACGUAUACGCUGGUGUUCAAGUCGGUUUCCAUAGAAGACAUGAGUGAGAUCAAAUUCACAGCAGACAAAGCCUCAUCUGCAGCAAAACUGAAAGUGAAAGAACUGCCAGUCAAGUUUGUGAAGAAACUCAGGGACAAAAUAGCCAUUUAUAAGCACCGCGGCCAUCUUGAAUGCCAAGUGUCCCGCGCUAGUGCUAAAGUCAAGUGGUUCAAGAACAAGACGGAGCUCAAACCCAGCAAGAAGUAUGAGAUUAAGAGUGAGGACGUGUACCGCCAACUCACCGUCAACGACGUUGACUCUGGAGAUGAGGACACUUACGUUUGUGACGCCGCUGAUGACAAGACUUCCUGUAAACUGCUGGUAGAAGAGCAGUCCAUAAGCAUUGUGCGGGAGCUUAGCCCCGUUGAGGUGACGGAGCCGUUUGCGGCCGUAUUCGAGGUGGAGAUCAGUAUGGAGCUGGUGAAGCCUCCGGUGUGGACUCUGAGCGGAGCAGCUCUGAAGGAGAGUGCUGAUGUCGAGAUGGAGAAAGAAGGAACGCUCCAUCGACUCACGUUUAAAAAGACCAAAGCCACGAUGACCGGACCUGUCGUGUUCACAGCCGGAAAGAGCAAGUCUCAGGCACAACUCACUGUCAAAGAACGCCCCCUGGAGGUCACAGAACCUAUCAAGAAUGUGAAGGCAAAGGAGAAGAGCUCUGCCAUCCUCAGUUGCAAGUUCUCUGCUCCUCCUAAAGACGUUCACUGGUACAAGGGCGCCGCCCCUCUGGCCACAUCAGACAAGUACAACAUAAAACAGGACGGCACCAGGGCCCAGCUCACCAUUCAAUGGCUCUCGGAGGAGGACACUGGGGAGUACCGCUGCCAAUCUGGACCUGCGGAGACCAAAGGCACCCUCACUGUGGAAAUGCGUGAUGUCCAGAUCACCAAACACCUGGUGGACACUGAGGUAGACGAAGAUGGUGAUGCCGUGUUCAUCUGUGAGAUCAACUUCCCCGAUGAAGAGGUGCAGUGGCUGCUCAACGACAAGGUGCUCUUCACCAAUGAGGUCAACACCAUCAGCCAUGAGGGCAAAGUUCACAAGCUCACCCUGAAGAACCUAGCUCCUCAAGAUGGUGGCAUGAUCAGCAUUCAAGUGCGCAAAGUCAAAGAAUCCGUCACUCUAAAAGUUAAAGAAAAGCGUGCCGUGUUCCUGAAGUCCCUGGAUGACGUCGUGGGAGAGGAGAAGGGCCUGAUCACAUUGACUUGUGAAGCCUCCAAGCCCAGAGUCUCCCCCUGCUGGAGAAAGGAUGGGAAGGUCCUGAAGGCUGGACCCAAGUACGAGCUUCUCCACACAGGCAAGUCUCUGGGGCUGGUCAUCAAGGACGUCACCAAGGAGGACGCUGGAGAAUACAUCUGCGACCUGGGGACAGAAGCCUCCAAAGCUAUGGUCACUGUGAGAGAAAUUGGCAUCGGCAUCACCAAAUGGCUGAAGUCUGCGGUGGCGAACGAGGGGGAGAUGUGCAGUUUUGAGUGUAUUUUGUCUCGUGAAAGCUUGGAUGAAUGCUCCUGGACGCUCAACGGAAAAACCAUCACAGAAGGAGGCAGAUACAAAAUCACCAGCAAAGGCCGAAAGUACACACUGACCAUAAGUGACUUGACGCCUGCAGACGCCGGCGAGGUCGUGUUCAGUAUCAAAGAUCUCAGCUCCAAAGCAACUCUAACAGUAGAAGGCAAAGCUUCAUCUGUUUCAAAAGCGCUGGAGAACGUGAGUGUCCUCCAAGGGGAGGACGCCGUUUUCGUCUGUGAGGUAACAAAGUCCAGCUCCACCGUGAAAUGGGCGAAAGACGGAAGAGCUAUCAAGAAGAGCCAGAAGUAUAACAUCACACAGGAGGCCACAAUCAUGAAGCUGACUGUCCACAGCGUCUGCGCCCAAGACUCAGGGGAGUACAGCUGUGAAGUGCUGGGAGGAGCCACCACCAGGGCGGCGCUGGAGAUCAAGGAGCCAAUCCACAAGUUCCACAAAGCUCUUCAGGACUGCCAGCCCGAGGAGAAGGGCUCGGUCAGUCUGCAGUGUGAAACAGCACACAGCCCGUCUGCUGUGGUGUGGCUGAAGGGUCACACAGAGCUGAGGGCGGGAGGCAGGUAUCAAAUGACCCAGAAAGACUGCCUCCUGACCCUGACCAUCUCAAACCUGGAGGAGCAGGACACUGACAUCUACACGUGCGAUGUGGGCACCGCCAAGAGCAUGGCCAAGGUCACAGUGAAAGCUCGACCAGCCAUCUUCACCCAGAAGCUGCAGAGUGUGGAGGCUGAAGAGGGGGCCAGUGUGAGCCUGCGCUGUGAGCUCUCUAAGUCUGGGCUCUCAGUGCAGUGGAAGAAGGGCACACAGAAUCUGAAAUCUGGAAACAGACACCAGCUGAAGCAGAGAGAGUGUGUGAAUGAGCUGCUCAUCACCAAAUUGCAGCCAGAAGACUCAGGAGACUACAUCUGUGUGUGUGGAGACCAGCAGACCACCGCCAUACUCAGUGUCAAGGCCCAACCAGUCACCUUCACCCAGAAGCUGCAGAGCGUGGAGACCGAGGAGGGGGCCGAUGUGAGCCUGCGCUGUGAGCUCUCUAAGUCUGGGCUCUCAGUACAGUGGAAGAAGGGCACACAGAGCCUGAAGUCUGGAGACAGACACCAGCUGAAGCAAAGAGAGUGUGUGAACGAGCUGCUCAUCACCAAAGUGCAGCCAGAAGACUCAGGAGACUACAUCUGUGUGUGUGGAGACCAGCAGACCGCCGCCACACUCAGUGUCAAGGCCCAACCAGUCACCUUCACCCAGAAGCUGCAGAGCGUGGAGGCCGAAGAGGGGACCAGUGUAAGCUUGCGCUGUGAGCUCUCUAAGCCUGGGCUCUCAGUGCAGUGGAAGAAGGGCACACAGAGCCUGAAGUCUGGAGACAGACACCAGCUGAAGCAGAGAGAGUGUGUGAACGAGCUGCUCAUCACCAAAAUAUUGCCAGAAGACUCAGGAGACUACAUCUGUGUGUGUGGAGACCAGCAGACCAUCGCCACACUCAGUGUCAAAGCCAUUAAGCCUGAAGCACCGUCCAUAAUCUCCAAAGACAAAGAUAGAGACAAGCAAAAGAAGCAGGUGGUGAAUGAGACGGUGGAAGACGGAAAAAGUGAAUCAAGGCUCAAGCAAAAGACACAGGAGGUUAAAGAGACAGUUGAAGCUGUCAUGCUGCCACCUACUGGACAGAUGAUUAAAUCUGAACAGAUUUAUAAGCAGGAAACUACAACAACAACAAGACAAGAAGCCAAAAGUGAAGCGGGGCUCAAGCAAAAGAAACAGGAGGUUAAAGAGACAGUUGAAGCUGUCAUGCUGCCACCUACUGGACAGAUUCCGGAAUCUGAACAGAUUACUAAACAGGAAACAAGAGCAACAAUACAAGAACUGAAGCUGUUAACCCCCUCUGUAGAGACCACCAACGCAGUGGACGUUGCUGAAAAACACGCAGAACAGAAGCAAAGGACCAAAGAUGCUAGUGAAGAACUGAAGUUGGUCACAUCAGCUGCCGAGACCUCCAAAGACAUGGAAGCAGAGAAGUCUUCUACUCCAAAGGAAACCUCUGGUGGUGAACCUCAGGAGACAGAGGCACAGAAGUUUAAGACUGAAGAACUGAAGCUGGGGACACCGUCUGUGGAGACCGCCAAAGCUGUGGAAGCAGAGAAGUCUCCUGCCCUGAGAGAAAGGUCCGUUGUUGAACCUAAGAAGGACACAGCGAAGUUGAAGGUUGAGGCAGCUGCAGAUGUAGCUGUGAAAGAGGCAGAACUGAAGCAGAGGACCACAGAGACUGAAGAUCCCACAGUGGAGGUGGUGAGCGCCAUGGAGGACCUGCGGGUGUUUGAAAACCAGCCGGCCGAGUUCAUCUGCCAGUACUCGCGGCCGGUCAGAGCUGAGUGGAGGAAAGACGGGCGCCCCCUGCAGGUGGACAGCAGGCGGGUGGUGGUGGAGCAGGACUGGAAUGUGGCGCGUUUGUUCAUUAGCCACGUGUGUGCUGACGACAGAGGGACUUACUCAUGCGAGGCUCAGGGCACGUGUGUGCUGGCUACACUGCAUGUGGAAGACAAACCCAUCACUAUAGUCCAGAAUUUAGAAAACAUGGAAACUUUUGACGGAGGUGAGGCCCUGUUUGAAUGCGCCCUGAGUCGACCAGAGACUAAAGACUGCCAGUGGCUGCUAAACGGGACGCCGGUGAAGGAGAGUCCGAACGCGGAGGUGGUGUCAUUUGAGAGCGGGCUCCGUCACCUGCUCCUCCUCAAAGAGCUGCGUGUGGAGGACAGCUGCACCGUCACCUUCAGAGCGGGGACCGCUUCAACGUCUGCUCAGCUCACAGUCAAAGGCUGGCAGCUGGAUGUGGUGAAGCCGUUGGAGGACAAAAUAGCUGCAGUGGGGGAAAAGGUGGAGUUCUGUGUGGAGCUGAACGAGCCUGUGCCCAAGUCUGAGGUCAUCUGGUACGCCAACGGAGUGGAGCUGAAGCCCAGUGACCUCUGGGCCAUGAGUGCAGAGGGCGGCUGCUACCGCCUGCUCCUCAAAAAGGCUCCUCUUAUGCCUCAACAGGAAAUCACUUUUGCCGCCAGAGACGCUUUGUCUUUGGCAAAGCUCUCCAUUAUCACUGUACCUGACCCACCCGAGGAUCCUGAAGUCUUUGUAAACUCAAACGAUUCUGUGAGCCUGUCAUGGUUCACCCCGCUGCACGAUGGAGGAAGUCCGAUUUUGGGUUACAGGGUUGAGAUGCGGCUGGUGGACAGUGUGCUCUGGAUGCCCUGCCACACAGAGCCUGUGUGUAACACCGAGUUUGUGGUAGAAAACCUGAUGCCUGGAGCCGCGUACAGGUUUAGGAUGGCAGCCAUCAACAGAGCCGGGACCGGAGAGCCCGUGGAGCUGCCCCAGACUGUGCAGCUCGAGGAACCUAAAAAGUCAAGUGCUUCUCAAGAUGAAAAGCCAAAGGAGGUCCUAAAGGCUGCUCUCGAGGAUCAGGCCAAAAAGACUCUUGACUCUCCUUCAGUACAAACCGUGGAGCAGAGCAAAGCUAUGGCCGCCAUGGAAGAGCUGACCGCUGCAGCACGGACAGUGGAAGUGAAGACCUCCGAGAAGAUGGUCACUUCAGCCUCCAGUUCCGAGAAUGAGGCUUCGCUCGUGUCCUACCUGAAGAGUAGCAGCACGUCUGCAAUCUCAGAGGCUCAAGUGAUGACCGCUGAGAAAACACAGGUCACUAAAACGAUCGUCCAGCAAACUGAGGUUAAAACAGCCACAACAAGCGCCGCUCUGUUGCAGGCCGCCACAGUGUCCACGGAGGAGGUUGUGGAGAUCAGCAAAGAAGACGAACCAGAGCUCACAGAGGCUGCGAUCAAGAUCCAAGCUGCGUUCAAAGGAUUCAAAGCCCGCAAAGAGAUGAAACCCAUUUUCAAAGAAGUUUUCAAAGACCAGACCAAAGAACCCAGCGGUACUAUCCACCUGGAAUGUGUGGCCGAGGGUAAGCCUGAGAAAGUGUGCUGGCUAAAGGACGGCGAGCCACUGACUGACGGGAAACACCACCAUAUUGAUAUCUACAAUGACGGUACAUGCUCCUUAGUCAUCACCGCCGUUACUACCAAGGAUACGGGGGUGUACACUUGUGAGGUCACCAAUAAGUUUGGAGUGUCGUCUCACAGUGCCAAGGUAACUGUGGGCACGGCCAGGGAGUCGUCCGGGCGUAGACCCCUAACCGUGGGCUACAGCGCAGACAGCGAGCCCGAUAGUUCAUCUGGAAGCGAGAUGGACGAAUCGCUGAGGCAAGCUAGCAGACGGCUACACAAACUGUUACGCACUCGCCUGCCCCCUGACGUGGAGGAGGAGCCAUUCGUGAGUGCCGAUGAGGGAGAGAUGAAGAUCCCAGGCCCGCAUUCAUACAGAGAGGAUGAGAACUAUAUCUACAUUAAGUUUGAUGCUCGCUCGGAUGCAGAGGUGGCAUCAAAGAGGUUCCAGGAGAUGUUCACGGUUCAUGGGGUUCCCGUGGAGACGACCAUUAUAGAGGCGGCAUUUCAGAAAGUGGAGCUGAGAAUCAGAAAGAUGGGAUACUCGCAGGACGGUACAGAGACUCCCACUCCAGACAGACAAGCUCCUGCCUUCAUGUCUGGAGCUGCUGCUGCACCAGUCUUCCUGACCGAGCUGCAGACCCAGGACGUUCCCGAUGGAUACCCGGUGAGCUUCGACUGUGUGGUGAUCGGAAAACCCGCUCCUGCUGUGAAAUGGUACAAAGACGGCAAACUGCUGGAGGAGAACGACCACUACAUGAUCAACGAGGACCAGGAGGGGUGCCACCAGCUCAUCAUCACAUCGGUGCUGCCCUCAGACAUGGGCGUGUACCGCUGCACCGCCGAGAACAGCAGCGGCAUCACGGCCACCAAAGCCGAGCUCCGCGUGGACGUGUCCUGUAGUUCAGAUUAUGACACAGCAGCAGAUGCCACAGAGACAUCUUCAUAUGUCAGCGCCAAGGAUACGUCCAGGGAGACAGAAACCUUUGAGUCCGUCACUGAAGAUGACCAGCUCCCUCAGGUGUUGGAGGAGCUUCACGACAUCCACGUCAGCCCCGGUUCACCUAUCGUCAAGAUGCAGCUCAGAGUAAAGGGAUUCCCCAAACCCCGAGUGUACUGGUUCAAAGACGGCCAGCCUCUGCGCUCUUCAAAGAGAGUGACUAUACUGGCUGAGAGGGACGUUCAUGGGGUGGAGAUCGUGGAGGUGACCAAACAGGACAUGGGCGAAUACUCUGCCUUCAUCAGCAAUGCGGCCGGAUCUGCUUACUCCUCUGCUCGUCUCCUUGUGCUGAAUCCUGGAGAGAUGCUUCCACAGGAUAAGAAGGACCCAAAAGUACCACUGGUGCCUCCACGUUUCAUCGAGAGGUUCCCCAACAGGAAGGUCAAACAAGGAGCCAGCAUCACUCUGUCUGUCAAAGUAGAAGGUUCCCCCACUCCUACUGUAAACUGGCUCAAAGAGGAGUCCAUGGAGGAUGUGUUGUGGAUCAAACCUGACACCAAAGGGUUUAAAAUCGCCAGCUCUGGGCGCCAGCACAGUCUCAUCCUCAUGGAUGUGGGCAAAGAAUACACCGGGGCCUACACCUGCAUUGCUACAAACAAGGCAGGGCAGUCUAUCUGCACAGCUCACCUGGAGGUGGAUCACAUUCCACAACCAAAGAAAGAAGCCAAACCAACAGAGGUCCUUGGAAUAACAGUAAGUCCCCCAGAAGAGGAAGCGGUCAGAACAAAAGAGACCAGAAUCCCGUUCCUUGGUGAGGUCGGCACGGAGGAGUUCCUCAUGAAGCUGACCUCUCAGAUCACUGAAAUGGUGUCGGCCAAAAUCUCACAAGACAGCGCUCAGAAUCAGGAAGUGCUCCAGUGGAUGAAAUCUUGGCCCAAAAACACCACUUCUUUGCGAGUCCCCGGUGCCGACAGUGACGAUGAGACCAAGACCCCCUCGGCCACUCCCCAUCAUGGUCGCUCAAGACCCGCCUCCCUCAUCGCUGACUCCUCCUCCGAGUCCGACGAGGGAGACGCCCGGGGAGAGAUGUUCGAUAUCUACGUGGCGACAGCGGAUUACAACCCGACCAUGGCGAGUAAAGAGUCCAUCUCGCUGAAGGAGGGUCAAUAUGUGGAGGUGCUGGACUCGGCUCAUCCUCUCAAAUGGCUGGUCAGAACCAAACCCACCAAAACAACACCGUCCCGACAAGGCUGGGUCUCUCCUGCCUAUCUGGACAAGAAGCUCAAACUGUCUGCUGACGCUGGUGACCUUCCCGAGGCCCAUGUAGAGGAGGUGUCUGAGGGAGAAUACAAGAGGAAGCUUUUCCAAAUGAUCCAGGACUUGGUCAACUCUGAAUCCCAGUUUAUCAAAGAGGUCGACUUCUUCACUUCUCACCACUUGAAACAUGCAGAAAGCCCAGAUGCCCCGCCAGAAAUCACUGACAACAAGGAUACCAUAUUCAGGAACAUUCAGGACAUUAAAGUCUUCCACAACAGAGCGUUUCUCCCAAAGCUGAACGAGUGUGAGACAGAUGAUGAUGUCGCCAUGUGUUUCCUGAAGAAUAAAGAGGGUUUUGAGAAGUAUCUGCAGUACCUGGUGGGCCAGAGCCGGGCAGAGGCCACGGUCAGCGACAAGGUGGUCCACCGCUUCUUUAAGGAGUAUACUGAAAGUGAACAAGGCAACGCCGACCCUAACGACCCCCCUGUACGAAGCAUCACCGCCCACCUCCAACAGCCCCUGGAGAGGAUUCAGAAAUACAAGGCCAUUCUCAAGGAGCUGAUUCGAAACAAGGCGAAGAAUGGCCAGAACUGCUGUCUGCUGGAGGAGGCAUACGCGAUGGUUUCGGCCCUUCCUCAGCGCUCUGACAACACUCAUCAUGUGUCUCUGAUUGAGAAUUACCCCGCCACGCUGGAAGUGCUGGGAGAGCCAAUCAGACAGGGUUCAUUCCAAGUGUGGGAGGGAGCACCGGGUAUCAGGUCAUCCUCUAGGGGUCACCAUCGUCACCUUUUCCUCUUCAAGAACUACUGUGUCAUCUGCAAACCCAAGAGAGAGAGCAACACAGACACACAGACUUAUGUGUUCAAAAACAUGAUGAAGCUGAACAACAUGGAUGUAAAUGAGACGGUGGAGGGAGAUGAGCGAGCCUUUGAGAUUUGGCACGAGCGCGAGGACUCGAUGAGGAAGUACACAAUUCAGGCCCGAACUGUCAACAUCAAGAACUCGUGGCUUCGAGAUCUACGCGAGCUCCAGCAGAGAUACAGCCUGCCCGCCUGGAACCCUCCUGACUUCGAUGAAAUCCUCGCCAAUUGUACGGCAGAGCUGGGACAAACGGUUAAACUGGCAUGCAAAGUGACUGGAGCACCCAAACCUGUGGUCACAUGGUACAAAGAUGGGCGUGCGGUGGAGGCUGACCCUCACCACAUCAUCAUCGAGGACCCAGAUGGCUCAUGCACGCUCAUCCUGGAUAACAUGAGCGCCGAUGACUCAGGACAGUACAUGUGCUUUGCCUCCAGCCCGGCCGGCAACGCCAGCACGCUGGGCAAGAUCACUGUGCAGGUUCCGCCUCGCUUCGUGAACAAAAUGAGGAAUGCUGUGUUCUACACUGGAGAGGACGCUCAGUUCACAUGUGUCAUACAAAGCGCCCCUUCCCCCAAGAUCAGGUGGUUCCGAGAGGGCCGGCUCCUCACAGACCAGGAGAAGUACCAGACCUACAGUGAGAUGAGGAGUGGAGUGGUGGUUCUCGUCAUUAAAAACCCGACAGAGAGAGACCUGGGACACUAUGAGUGCGAGUUGUCAAAUCGUCUUGGUUCUGCAAAGUGUGCUGCAGAUUUAGUCCUCCCUACAGUCGUGACUCGCUCUGGAGAACAGGCCAUCGCUAUAGAAGUCACGGAACAGGAGACCAAAAUACCAAGGAAGACGAUCAUCAUCGAGGAGACCAUCACCACAGUGGUGAAGCACCCCCGCAUGAGGAGGCACCGGUCCCCAGGAACAGCCCUCGUCUCUGGGCACCGCUUUGAGACCUCCACCCCUGAACCUGCCGCUGGAGCCGGAGCUCGGGCCAGAAGGGUCCUGACCCCAAGGAAGACCACCAUCCCCACAGUGUAUGUGACCCAGAGUGAGGAGAGCCACCCGCGCUGGGUGGAGGUGGAGGAGGUCAUCGAGUACAAGGUGAAUAAGUCCCCUCACCUGUCCCGGAGGAGAGGCCUCUCCCCAGCUGGCUCUGAGCGCGCUAGCACCCCCUCCAGACCCAAGAGAGUCAUGCCCGAAAACCCCAACGCUAACAACUCCAACAACAAGCUGGUGGAGCAGGCCCAAGCCCAGGCCCUGUCCUGGGAGCAGCAGCAGAGCAGUGUCCCAUCACAGCCAAUACCCACAGAGCCACUGGAGCUGUCCACAGUCCUGAACACAACCCCCGAAGACAGUGACGAGGACAAGCAGACCGUUAUUCUAGUGGAGGACGAGGAGACUCCACAACAAGCUCCAAACGAGAAGGUUUUGACUUUGGAGGACUUGGAAGAUUAUGUUCCUGAGGAAGGUGAGACUUUCGGGGCUUUGGGCUCUGGAGGCUCUGUGGAGAAGCCGUCUGAGGUGUCCGUGUUACAGAGGGAGAUCGGCGGCUCGUCUGUGGGUCAACCCGUCCUCCUAAACGUGGGGCGUCCUACCACAGUCCAAAGGCAAUGCAGCGGGCUUUUCAACCGCUUCAGAGACCACCUGUCUGGCAGCUUCUUCUCCUCCUCCUCUUCCUCCUUGCACCCACGCACCAGCACCGAGAGGCACAUCCCCAUUCAGGUGACUCAGGCUAAGCUGGAGGUGAAGCCGUCGUACUGCUCCGAGGUGCAGAGAGUGGAGGGAGGCCAGCACAGUUUUAAAACCAAGGUGUCGACUCAGACCUACGGCUACAGCUCCGUGGGGAAGCCGGUCACUCUGCAAAUCAGCGAAAAACGCCUCCAAAAAAAGUAAAUACUCAAAUAUAAGGCAAGCUACAUCCAUCUGCCAUUUGUCUUACUACUGACUAUUGUGUGGCAAAGUACACCCAAGCCCAAAGCACAUCAUUCCAUUUUGAGGCUAACUGCAGCGGUUAGUAUCAGAUGGUAAACUUACGAACUUAUGAAACAGAGAAGUGAUGAAUGAGUCAUUUUGGGAGCAAUGUGCAGAUUCAUACAUGUUCUGAUUUGAUUCGUAAAAUUCAGACUCAUUUUACUUUGAAUCCUUUAGACCUCUAACCCAAAAGCGUCAGUGCUUUUGUUAAACAAUAUUUUUGGUUAAUACUUUUAUUUUUCUAACUACACUUUCUUACUCUGCUGUCUCUUUAAUACUUGGGAGCUGUUUGGAGAUAAGUUUUUAAGACGCCUACAACCACUUCAGUCCAGAUCAUGUGUCUUUACAGAUUAUGACUAUCUCACAGUCACUGCCCGUGUCCUUUGGUGUUUACGCUGUUCUCGUGGUUAACACUUGAGACACUCUGAUUGGUUUGUUCAUUUCAUCAGUGAACACUUUUCCAGCCUGACGGCUACAUCAGACUGGAUCAAAUAUUCGAGUGGUGGUCAAGUCGGGUCAAACGCAGACUUGACCAUUUUGUUUGGGUUUGUUACAUUAUACUAUGGCUUGUUCUUGUGUAGAUAAUUAAAUACAAUUGUUUUAAGAGUAUUCAUAUGAGAGAUGUAUUGUGUGGCUGUGUGUUGAAAUCCAAAACUACCUUUACGACGCUCCAGAAGCCUUGAUCUGAAGUCAGUUCUUUUCAAACUAAAGUUAAAGUCUCAUGUACAUGUGAUAUUAAUGUGAAAUGCUUGUAUAUCCUAUUGUUACAUUACAAUAAAAUGUGAU